CAUUACCGACAACUGUGUGAUUCACUGCCACCGCUCACCCCCAGGGUCAGCUGUUCCAGGCCCCUCAGCCUCCUUGGCCCCCUCAGCCACUGAGCCACCCAGCCUUGGUGUCAGUGUCGGCAGCCUCAUGGUGCCUGUCUUUGUGGUGCUGUUGGGUGUGGUCUGGUACUUCCGAAUCAAUUACCGCCAAUUCUUCACAGCACCUGCCACCGUCUCCCUGGUGGGAGUCACCGUCUUCUUCAGCUUCCUAGUAUUUGGGAUGUAUGGACGAUAAGGACAUAGGAAGAAAAUGAAAGGCAUGGUCUUCCUCCUUUAUGGCCUCCCCCCUUUUCCUGGCCAGAGCUGGGCCCAAGGGCCUGCAAGGGAGGGGUGGAAAGGAUGCGAUGGAACUCUCCUCCAUAGGACACAGGAGGCAGGUACGCGGCCUCCCCUUCUCAUCCACAGGAGUACAGAUGUCCCUCCCGUGCAAGCACAACUCAGGUAGAAAUGAGGAUGUCAUCUUCCUUCACUUUUAGGGUCCUCUGAAGGAGUUCAAAGCUGCUGGCCAAGCUCAGUGGGGAGCCUGGGCUCUGAGAUUCCCUCCCACCUGUGGUUCUGGCUCUUCCCAGUGUCCUGCAUGUCUGCCCCCAGCACCCAGGGCUGCCUGCCAGGGCAGCUCAGCAUGGCCCCAGCACAACUCCAUAGGGAGCCUGGAGUAUCCUUCCAUUUCUCAGCCAAAUACUCAUCUUUUGAGAUUGAAAUCACACUGGCAGGAAUGAAGAUUGUGCCAGCCUUCUCUUAUGGGCACCUAGCCGCCUUCACCUUCUCCCUCUACCCCUUAGCAGGAAUAGGGUGUCCUCCCUUCUUUCAAAGCACUUUGCUUGCAUUUUAUUUUAUUUUUUUAAGAGUCCUUCAUAGAGCUCAGUCAGGAAGGGGAUGGGGCACCAAGCCAAGCCCCCAGCAUUGGGAGCGGCCAGGCCACAGCUGCUGCUCCCGUAGGCCUCAGGCUGUAAGCAAGAGACAGCACUGGCCCUUGGCCAGCAUCCUACCCUGCCCAACUCCAAGGACUGGGUAUGGAUCGCUGGGCCCUAGGCUCUUGCUUCUGGGGCUAUUGGAGGGUCAGUGUCUGUGACUGAAUAAAGUUCCAUUUUGUGGUCCUG